ACCGUUAUAUUCAAUAUGUUGCGCAACAUUUUGCAAAAAGAAAUGAGUACUGAUAAUGCCAAGUGAAAUAAUUACCCUACAAUUGGGCCAAUGCGGCAAUCAGAUUGGCUUUGAGUUUUGGAAACGCCUUUGCCUGGAGCAUGGCAUUUCCCCGGAUGGGGUGCUCGAAGACUUUGCGGCCGAUGGACACGAUCGCAAAGAUGUCUUCUUCUAUCAGGCAGAUGACAAUCAUUAUAUACCACGAGCAGUCUUAUUGGACCUGGAGCCCCGCGUCAUUCACAAUAUAAUGACCUCGCCAUAUGCCAAGCUCUAUAAUCCGGAGAAUGUUUACUUGUCCAAGCAUGGCGGCGGUGCUGGUAAUAACUGGGCUUCUGGCUUUAGCCAAGGCGAGAAGGUGCAGGAGGAGGUGUUUGACAUACUUGAUCGUGAGGCCGAUGGCAGCGAUUCACUCGAGGGAUUUGUACUCUGUCACUCGAUAGCUGGCGGCACAGGAUCUGGCAUGGGCUCAUACGUGCUCGAGCGCCUGUCGGAUCGUUUUCCAAAGAAGCUUAUCCAAACGUACAGUGUGUUUCCAAACCAGGACGAGAUUAGCGACGUUGUCGUGCAACCGUACAAUUCAAUACUCACUCUGAAGCGGCUCACAAAGUGCGCCGAUUGUGUCGUGGUGCUGGACAACACGGCCCUGAAUCGCAUUGCCACGGAGCGCCUGCACAUACAAACGCCCACCUUCACCCAGAUCAACAAUCUGGUGUCCACGAUCAUGAGCGUCAGCACCACCACCUUGCGCUAUCCCUCCUACAUGAACAAUAAUCUGAUUGGGCUCACAGCUCCGCUAAUUCCAACACCCCAGCUUCACUUCCUUAUGACUGGCUAUACUCCACUGAUCACAGACUAUGAGACGAAGACCAAUGUGCGCAAGACAACAGUUCUGGACGUGAUGCGCCGCCUGCUGCAGCCAAAGAAUAUGAUGGUCUCCUCGACCGCCGACAAGCGGCACUGUUACAUCUCCAUACUGAACAUAAUACAGGGCGAGGUGGAUCCCACGCAGGUGCACAAGUCGUUGCAGCGCAUACGCGAGCGCAAAUUGGCCCAGUUUAUACCGUGGGGUCCGGCAAGCAUUCAGGUGGCAUUGUCGCGCAGCUCGCCCUACGUACAGACGGCGCACAAAGUAUCCGGCCUGAUGAUGGCCAAUCAUACGGGCGUGAGUGCCCUCUUCAAUCGUGCAUUGGCCCAGUAUGAUAAGCUGAAGAAGCGCAAUGCCUUUCUGGAUCAGUUUCGCCGUGAGCCUAUGUUCCAAGACGAUUUGACCGAACUGGAUUCGGCCCGCGACACGGUUGACUGUCUGGUGCAGGAGUACGAAGCUGCCACACAGGUGGACUAUCGACACUGGAGUCCGCUGACGAAUGGAGCAAAAGUCACAGCUUAGGCAUUUUUCAGCUGGCUAAAUCACAGUAUAGCCCAGUAGGCCUUGCUUUUACAUUGUUCUACGCCAAGCUUACAAAAAUCAACCUCAUUCCAUUUUAGGGAUACUAUGAAGUAACACUAAAUUUUCAAAUUUCUCUGGGUGCUGCCUAUUGUGUGUUGUACAGCCAUGUCGAAGUUAAAGAAGUCAUUGAAGACUUUAAGUCAUACCAUCAAGGACUUUUUGGGCUUGGGAGUCCAGCGAACUCUCAAUCUUUUCGGAUACCUUGGUGGUAUAGCCUUUCGAAAUUGAGCUUUACAAUACACAAUUGCCGGCUGUUUAUCUUAAACCCAACGUUUCACAUACAUCAUGCAUUAGCAGAACACAUUCCCGUUUAGAUCGUUUUAAUACUUAUAUAGUACGAACUAUGUUAAAAAUUAGUGAGAAAUAUGGAUACAUAGCUUGUGUAAGCCUACCAAUAAAUACGAAGUAUACUUGUUAA